AUGAAUUGUUCUAGAAAAAAAGUUAUACGUCCACAAAAUCCUUAUUCCAAGGCGAAUAUAUUUUCCCGUGUUAGUUUUUGUUGGUUAACAGAUAUUUUUCGUUUGGGCUGGAAAAAAUCGAUUGCUGAAGAGGAUUUAUACGAGCCGCCUAGUGACUUAGAAUGUCAAGAUGCCACAAAGCUCUUGGACAAACUCUGGGAAGAAGAAAAAAAAUAUAAGAAGAAUCCAAAUAUUAUAUAUAUUCUAUAUAAGGCUUUUGCAAGACCUUAUGUCAUAUGGAGCACAUUAUAUGGAGUGUUGGAGGUAACACUUAUGGCUUUACAACCUUUAUUUUUGGGAGGUUUGGUGACAUUUUUUGCUUCUGACCAGAAGACUGUGAGUGAAAAUGAUGCUUUCCUUUAUGCCGCUGGCAUAAUUUUAUGUAACGUUUUAAUAGUUUUGCCACGACAUCAAAAUUAUUUUUAUUCCGCUAAGAGUGGAGCACAAAUUCGGGUGGCACUCUCCGGUUUGAUAUAUCGUAAAUGUUUGCAAAUUCCAAAAAAUUCUAGCGACGAAGGUUUACAUACCAGAGCCAUCAAUAUACUGGCUAAUGAUCUAUCGGUGUUCGAUAUAGCUUUGAACUAUAUACAUGAUGUUUGGAAAGGACCAAUGGUGUCUUUAAUAGUUGGUUGCAUAAUGUUUUCCGAAAUUGGUUGGGCUGCUGUAAUUGGCAUUACUUUCAUGUUAAGUUUUAUACCUCUACAAGCAUGGGGUGCCCGUAAGGCUGCCUUUUAUAAAAAGAAAACCUUGAAACAGACUGAUCGGCGGGUAAAACUAAUGAACGAAAUCAUUUCGGGCAUUGAAGUGAUUAAGAUGUAUGCUUGGGAAAAAUCUUUUUCCAAGUUAAUAAAUUCUGUGAGAGGCGAAGAAAUGAAAGCCAUUAAAGGAUAUGCGUAUGUGUAUGCUGGUAUCAACUGCUUCAACAUGAUUUGCCCCAUUUCCAUCUUUUUGGCUUUGAUGUCUUAUAUUUGUUUGGGUGGGGUGCUGACGGCCAGGGCAGUUUUCAUAAUAUCCUCUUACUUUACUAUGCUUAACAAGCAUAUGGUAGCCUAUUGGCCAUUAUCUUUGAUACAUUUGAGUGAAAUCUGGAUUUCCAUUAAGAGAUGUAGAGAUUUUUUGCUCUAUGAUGAAGAAAAAACAAGCCAACCUGAGGAGAGUAACAAUGAAAAGCAGAAACUACUUAAUGAACAAAUGCAGCAUAACUGUAGGCGUAUUGUAAAUGCAGAAUCUAAAUUUAAGAGCCUAGAGAUGUGUAAUGUAAAUGCCAGUUGGAAAACCAAGGCAGAUGAGAGUUCCAUGAUGAAAACAGCUUUAGCCAGUAUUAACAUUAAUUUUAAGGAAAACACAUUGUCCGCAAUUGUGGGACCAGUAGGCGCCGGCAAAUCUACUUUAAUCAAUGCCAUUUUGGGAGAAAUAAAAACAGAGUCUGGGGAAAUUUUAAUCAAUGGCAAGAUUUCCUACUGCAGUCAAGAACCCUGGGUUUUUGGUGGCUCCAUUAAGGACAAUAUUAUAUUUGCAGAAGACUACGAUGACUUGCGUUAUAAACAGGUUUUAAAAGUGUGCGCUCUGGAACGUGAUGUGGAGUUGUGGCCCAAACGUGAUUUGACUGUGGUGGGAGAACGCGGUGUUAGUUUGAGUGGUGGCCAACGAGCACGUGUAAAUUUGGCUAGAGCAAUAUAUCGCAAGGCAGAUAUUUAUAUACUAGACGAUCCCCUUUCCGCCGUGGACACGCAUGUUGGCCAACAUUUAAUGGACUAUUGUAUCAAACAAUUUCUAAACGAUAAAAUACGCAUAUUAGUUACACAUCAAUUGCAAUAUCUCAACGAUUUGGAACAUGUCAUUCUUAUGGACUCGGGCAGUGUAAUGGCUCAAGGAAGUUAUCAGAAAUUACAAAAUUCCAAACAAUUUCAAUUUUUUGCUCAAUCAGAAACUGAAGCCUGUGACGAUAUGCAGUUGGCUAAGAAAGUUACAGAAGAUAAUGCGGACAAAACUAACAGCGACUUAGAUAAACCCGAUAAAUCAGCAAAGAAUAAAUCACAAACUCAGGAAGAAUCAAAUAAGGAAAAUAUGUUUAGUGGUUCUGUUCAGUUUAAGACCUACUUAACCUAUUUUAAGUCAUUUAAUAAUACCUGCUUAUCGAUUAUAAUAAUAACACUGUUUCUAUUAACACGUUUCAUGUUAAACAGUAUGGAUUAUUUCCUAUCAAGAUGGGUUAUUUGGGAAGAAAAAGUUGCCUUACUACCGCUUAGCAAUUAUACAACGAAUACCAGCAAUAACUUAACAGACUUUGGAGAACAACGUGCAACAGUUCUCCAUUUAAAUAAUACUCGUACUAUUAAUUUUACAACAAAUAAUACCACACAAUACUCGAAUAACGACAGCAAUUAUAGUGAAGAGAGAUAUCAGCGCAUUAUUAUAUAUUUGACAAUAUUGGUUUCCACUUUUAUUGUUUAUGUUUUACGUACUUUUAAUUACUAUCGUAUGUGUAAUCAGAUAUCUAUAUAUCUUCAUGAUUUGCUAUUCCGUGCCAUAACCGGGACUAAUAUGUUGUUUUUCAAUACAAAUCCUUCGGGUCGUAUAUUGAAUCGUUUCUCGAAAGAUGUACGUAGUAUGGAUGUGGAUGUGCCUAAAAUGUCAAUUGAUUGUUUACAAUUAAUUGUAGAUAUUUCUGGAGCAGUAAUUAUAGUGGUUAUCGUGAACACAUGGCUGAUAAUACCAUCUCUGAUUAUUAUCCUAUGUCUUGUUAUGCUAAGGCAAAUCUACAUUAAAACAAGUCGUGAUUUAAAACGUUUAGAAGCGAUUUCUCGCAGUCCAGUUUAUUCAUUAACAAAUCAAACAUUCCAAGGAUUAACUACUAUUAGAGCAAUGGAGGCUGAACAAAAUUUGGAAUCGGAAUUCUAUUACUAUCAAAAUGAAAACACUUCAGCCUUUUUCCUAUUAUUUUCAUCGAACAGAGCUUUUGCUGGCUGGAUUGAUAUUCUAUGUGUGUGCUAUAUUAGCAUAGUAACUAUAAGUUUUCUGACAUUACGUUCAACUUUCAGCAGUGGAGAUGUAGGUUUAGCUAUCUUGCAAACGUGUGCCUUGGUGGGCACAUGUCAAUGGGGCAUGCGUCAAUCGGCAGAAAUGGAAAAUAAUAUGAUAAGUGUGGAACGUGUUUUAGAGUAUACAAACCUACCAGCAGAAUCUCCUUUAGAAACAUCUGGUUUAGUUAAACCCAAAGAUCCGUCUUGGCCCAGCAAGGGACGCAUUGAAUUUGUCAAUUUUUAUUUGAAAUACUCUCCUAAUGGAGAGUUUAUUCUGAAGAAUUUAAACUUCACCAUAGAAUCGGAACAGAAAGUUGGAAUUGUGGGCCGUACAGGAGCUGGCAAAUCUUCUAUAAUACAGGCAUUAUUACGUUUGGCCUACAACGAGGGCGUUAUACGCAUCGAUAAUGUUGAUAUUGAAAAUAUCAGUUUGUACGAUUUGAGGAGUUCAAUAUCCAUUAUACCCCAAGAUCCGGUACUAUUUUCGGGUACUUUACGCUAUAACUUAGAUCCUUUGCAAGAGUAUAGCGAUGAAAAAAUAUGGCAGGCCUUAGAAGAUGUGGAAUUAAAUCAACAUGUUAGAAAAUACAUGAAUGGUUUAGAUUGUGUUAUGUCCGAAGGUGGUUCAAACUUAAGUGUGGGCCAAAGACAACUAGUUUGUUUGGCUCGUGCAAUUCUAAGACAAAAUAAAUUGUUAAUCUUGGAUGAGGCUACUGCUAAUGUAGAUCCCAUUACCGAUGCUCUUAUACAGAACACAAUACGCAAGAAAUUUGCCGCUUGUACUGUCUUAACGAUUGCCCAUCGACUUCAUACUGUUAUGGAUAGUGAUCGUAUUCUUGUGGUAGAUGCUGGUGUUGCUGUGGAAUUCGAUCAUCCUUAUGUAUUACUACAGAAACCUUCGGGAUAUCUACGUAAAUUGGUAGAACAAACCGGUUCCGAUACAGCUGCUACUCUCUUCCAAGUAGCCCAAAAAAGUUAUAAAUAAAAAACUAGUGUUAGCUGGUUAAAUAUUAUAAU